UUGAGAGUGGCUGGAUUGAAAAGGCGAGAAGACGAAGUAGAAGAAGAUUGACGGCAAACCGGGCAAACCGAGCGCGCACUGCGGUGGAUCUACAUCUAUGCUACGCUUCGUAGCACUCAGCCAGCUUUCGUCCUUCAUCAAUUUUCUGAAAAGGGCAGCUCUCUCGAUUCCGUGGCCCUCCUCCGCUGCAUGCUGGAUCUGUGCCGCUGGAGAUGGAUCUGUUCCGGGGCAAGACACUGCUCAAGAAAGACGGUACGUCCAUCUCGGCUGACGCCUCGCUGCGGAACAAGAAGAUCGUCUGCAUCUACUUCGCGGCUCACUGGUGCGGGCCGUGCCGCGCCUUCACGCCGAUUCUGGCCGAGGCCUACCGGACGGCCAAGGACGAGGGACUCCCCAUUGAGGUAGUGUUCGUGUCGUCAGACAGAAGCCUUAAUGACAUGACCAUCUCCUUAACGGACCACGAGGACUGGCCUUCGCUUCCUUACGGUGACGCGCUGCAGCCCGGUGCCGGGAGCCGCAACAGCGUGUUCGAGAAGGCGCCCGCGGGUCCCGAUGACGGAGGAGGCCUAAGCGGAAGAAGGGCGCUCAUCGUCGCCAGCCAGAAAUGCAGCUCGCACUGUGCAGAUCGUCCUGAAGACAGGGCCAGAAGCUGCAAGCUGCUGCUGGCCCUGCCUGCCCGAAGCUCCUGCUUCGUCCCGGAACGCAGCCCCGUGGAGGGCUUCACAGUCCGGUGCCUGCAGCGCGGGGGACAGGCCCCGCAGGCCUGGCCAGCAGGCCUGGCCAGCAGGCCUGGCCAGCAAGGUCCAGCCACGCACGCGCUGUGCCACUCCUCGCGCAUUUUCCCUCCUCCGCUUCCAGCACUACAGCUGCGAUGUCGCAGAUCACGGCUGCAGUUCUCACAACAUUUAUCGCUUGUAGUGUUCAACGUCCCAGAACUUAUACGCAGUGGGUUAUGAAACGCUGUAGUGGAGGGCUCCGGAUUAUUCUGAAUGCCUGGCCCUCUUUAAAAUGCACCCAAAGAAACGUACACGAACGCAUUUUUUUUACGCGCCCGCUGUAGGAAUGCGGCACCGGAAAUGCAAGCCGGU